GCUGGCCGCACCACGGGGGCCGGCCAACGUCGGCGACGCCGGCUGCGGCCAGCAGGCGCUCGCCGACCCCCCGCGGGCCGGACGCCGCGCCGCGGGAGGACACGCUUCCUCCGCGCGUCGACCGUGAGGUGCCAUCACCUGGCGUGAGCACGCUGCUGCCUGCGGUGCAGAGGGCGGUCGAGCAGCUUGAGGGCCUGCGGGCCGACCUGCGCGCCGCCGCCACGUCCGCGAGCGGCGACGGGGAGGCGGGCCCGUCCGAGGAGGAGGCCUCGCCGCCGGGCGCGGCGUCGGCCUCCGAGGCGCUGGCUCGCCUCAUCCGCCGCGCGGACCGGCUGGCGAGCACGCACGUGCCCGGGGAGCUGCGCCGCCUGGAGGACGCCGCCGAGCGCGCGGCGAGCAGGUGCCAGGGCUCGGGCGAGGAGGACGCCGCCGGGCAGGCCCCUCCCGGCGCCGAUGCCCGCGAGCUCGCGGAGCUGGAGGCCUCAGACGUCGAGCCGCUGCUGAAGGGGCAGGCGAACGAUGGCGAGCCCUCGUGGCGAGGCAACAGCUCCGAGCUACAUGGCAUCGCGGGCGCGACCCACAUGGUAGGCCCUGCCUCGCUCUUCCGCGGUGUUGCUGCUGUCCUGUCGCUCGGCGCCCGCUGCAUCCUCGUGUGUUUGCAGAUCACGCUGCACUCCAUGCUGGUCCGCCCGUACGGGUGUGAUUUCGCGGCGACCUCGUUCGCUAUCAAGUCGAUCCCGCUCCUGUGGCUGGUGCGGGUUCUGCGGCGCCUCAACGCUGCUGCGAACCGGGACCUGGAGGGCCAGCUGCAGGCAUUCCAUCCUAGGCCUUGCGAUUCCGACACGCCGAAAUGGACGGUAAGCUGUUGGCCGCGCCUCCCGCUCCUGAGUGCGCGGAGCUACCUGCUGCAACUCCUCUCGGCGUCGCGUUCGAGGCUGGCGAGCUGGUCAUUGCCCAUGGUCUGGCGCCCAGCGGGCUCAACGGGCACGUGGGCAGAGUGCGCGGACAUCGCGGGGACCGAGUCCAAGUCGAGUUCCUGGAGUGGUGGGCUGCCACGGCCCGACGCUCGCCUGAUCGCGCCAGUCGGCGGAGUGACGAAGGACCCGUGCCCCGUCUUCAUCGGAGGGUUUGGCGACGUCGGCUCAGGGGGCGGGGCGAGACCUCUGAGCCAGGAGUUGCAGCUUUCUUCUUUGUCGGUAGGAGUGCCCGCGGCCCGGUCGCAGGCGGUGGCGUCGCAGUCGGAGCUGCGGGCCGCCCGCGGCGGCGCUCCGCCGCCCGACGCCUCGGCGGCCGCCGGCGCCGGCGCGGGCAGCGCCGGCGGGGGGCAGGACGAGCUGGCCCUCGGGAGAGGCCUCAUGGUCUUCGGCCUUGGUUAG